AUGCUUCAUAAUAACAUGAAGGAGAACAAUGACCUAUGUGAACCUCGUCCAUUUUUCUACAACCAUGCCAUUCAAUUGCCUCCCGGCGUGACUGAUCAUAAUAUCAUCACACCCGUUCUCAUUUUCAACACUGCCCUUGCUCAUCAUUUGAUGGCACUACUAGACAAGGAAUGGUCACCCAAGUACCUGCAUAGAGCAAAGCAAUUGUACGCCUUGGCGCACGAUUCGUCACAAGAUAUCGAGCAGGAUCCCUUGUUCCUCUUCGUGUUGUAUAACAAUGCUGCAUUGGUCGAUCUGCAGAUUGGGGACAACGACUUGUGGAAUGCAUGCGUUGGGCAAUUGGUUUCCAUCUACAUGGUUAUGGUGGAUGAAGGUUACACUUCGCGACUACGCCAUCUCCAAGGUUUUCUUGAGAGCCUCCUUGCUACCAUGCCAACAGCGGCCGCAGCUUGA